CAGAUGUCCACGGUCCGCUCUCCCUCUCCCUCUCUCUCUUUCUGUCCCCGGGCGUUAUAAAUAGUAAAGGUUAAUUAGUUAGCAGAGAAAUUGGAUCAGGGGCGGGCAGUUAGAACUUGAUCCAUAGACAGGUAACUCAAGCAAUCCCCAUUGUCGCUGCAAUCAGACCUAUAUAAAUCCGCCUUGACGGACAGCAGUCACCACAUAGCCUUACCUUUCUGCUGGAUCACCGGACCGGGCGAGAACCCCUGAACACGGUAAGUUUUCCGAGAGGACUCUUCUUGGAGGUUUUACUCUUGAUGGAAAGUUGCUGCUUUUGUCUUUUUUUAAACUCUUUCGAGGAUUAUCUGUCUGCUUUUGGUUAGUCUGAGCGCUUUAGACGCCUCCUUGGUGGGAAAAAUGCGUGCGUAAAAGGAGAUUCUUACGCGCAUUUUGGCGAGUUUGAGUUUGUUCUUAUUCUGACUUUCAUUUCUCUACCCCGGACACCUUCAGCUCUCCAUCAGUGACAAGUGCGAGAGUUUGCAGGAUACAUGUGUUAAUAAUUUACCUCGCUUGUCUCCCUACAUGCAGGAAUAAAAUGUCGCUCUCAUCUAUCCUUUCCGCUGAUGCCAUCGACAGUGCUAUCAAGGACUGCCAAGGUAUCGUCUUCCACAGAUAUCAUUACUUCUAUACAGUUCUUCCUCUUCUUCUUUGUCUGUGUGCAAAUAGCCUGCAAAAAUAUUGACUUUUAAAGAUGGUUUUAUUGAGCACAAGUUCCAGUUUGGUUCAGUUAGUCUGAUUGUUGGGUCUGAGGGAUGGAAACAUGUUUGUGAAAAGCCCAAAAAGUUGUUCUGGCGCAUUCAGGGAUGAUGUUUGGAGCAAAACUGAGCCUCUACUUCAUCCCACUUGAUAACACCAUGUCAGGCGUGUAUGUCAUCUUGUCUCCACAUAAAUAGUUUAAGGACAAGCUGAUGAUUACACAGACUUCACCUUAAUUCUAGUUCAGUGACUCAAUGAUCGAUGUGACUUUCUCUCCUCCAGCGCCUGACUCCUUCUGCCCCAAAAAGUUUUUCCAAAUGUGCGGCCUCACCAAGAAGAGCCCCCAGGAUGUAAAGAAGGUUUUCGGGAUCCUGGACAACGACGGCAGCGGAUUUAUUGAAGAGGAAGAGCUGAAGUGAGUGAGCUGAGCCUGUCCUUGAAACUGGGAUUGACUGGGUUCUCCAAACAGAGGAAAGAUCAGGCGUCUUUUGGGGGAAAUGAUCACAUUUUGAUUGAGUUAAUUGUGGGUGAGGGGUCUUACAAUCAGGCCUGUUAGUACAUGAACACUGCAGGAUAUUCUGGCUGAAACUAAACAGACAUAUCUGCAUCACCUGACCUCUGAGGACCAGCUCCAACCUUCUGUCUCUGUGCACGACAGGUUUUUCCUCCAGAGGUUCUCUCCAGGUGCUCGGGUCCUGACAGACAAGGAGACUAAAGGCUUCCUGUGUGCUGCUGACGACGACAGCGAUGGUCGGAUCGGAGCGGAUGGUGAGGCAUCCUGCAGACUUUAGGGCACUGUUUCCUAAAUUUAGAGACGAAAGUGACCAAAUUUGAGAUAUUUGUGGAGUUUUUUAACUGUAUGAGGUGAAAAUGUGUUUUUUUCUGUAAAUCAAAGCUCUUCAGAAGUUUAUAGUUGUAAUUAACUCAUGCCGUCUUCUCUUCACAGAGUUCCAGGCCAUGGUCAUGUCCUAAACUUCUCCUCCAUCAUCUCUCUGAACCCCUCCUCCUCUCCUCUCCUCCACUGCUUCAAGGGCUCUACUAGAUUUAUUCGACCGUUUUCCAACUUUUUACGUUACGAGACUCACUCUCAUCCACACACGUACACACUCUCAUCUAUUUUUUUUUCUUUUCAUAUGUUUUAGACCGAUCGUACUGCUGUAUUUCCCAAAUAAAUGUACAAUAAAUUUACCAAAGUACUGAGAAAAUAAAAGAAUAAAAUCCA